CAACUGCUGACUCACUUUGUUCUCUGUCUACUCAGCACCUUCAGCUAGCUAUAAAAGCUAGCCAAGCAAAGAGACACGUACUUGCUGACGUUGACACAAAGCCGGCUGACCUUGCAAUUCAAAGAGCGAACACAUCUAGAGAUUCUAUACACGUAGGAAGUACGGUAUUAACUUUUGACCUAGUCGCUAGGUCCGUUUUAAUAUUGAGAGAGCUAGCUAUAGCGAACAAUGGAUGAGAUCGAGAGUGGAGACACAGUACCUCAGAGCCAGCCUCUGCAAGGCCAAGUACCUAAUAGUGCUGGUGGGUUUUCAUUCCAAGUAGAUGACAUGAAGAGACUGCAAAGAUUCCUCUGUCUUGGAUCUGAAGGAGGUACCUACUACACUAGUGAGAAGAAGCUCGGCAAAGAAAAUGCUGAAUCUAUCCUGAGGCUGAUAGGCAAUGGCAGAGGUACCGAAGUUGUUGCUCAGAUUGUCGAAUUCAGUGUAUCCGGACGAGCUGCUAAACAAGAUCCAAUCAUAUUCGCUCUAGCUCUCUGUGCGCGAGCAACCGACUCCGACACAAAGACAGCAGCUUACGCAGCGGUGGAGAAAGUCUGUCGAAUUCCUACUCAUCUUUUCUCAUUUAUUGCUUUCUGUGAGGCUCUCAGUAUUGGUACGGGAUGGGGACGUGCUCAUCGUAGAGCUGUGAGCAAGUGGUACAAUAACAAGACGUCAAAGUCUCUAGCCAUGGCCGUGACUAAGUAUCAGAAUCGUGGUGGUUGGUCGCAUCGAGAUCUGUUUCGACUCUCGCAUAUUGUUCCUGCUAAUCCUGGUGUGGCCUGUGUCUGCAAGUAUGUGAUGAAAGGUCUGGAGACAUGCAAGCAGGAGUAUGCCAGUGCUGAUCUUGCUGAGACCAUCACCUUUCUCGAGGCCGUUGAGGAAGCCAAGACUGGAGAUGAGGCGACUGUGGUACAGUACAUUCGAGAGAGGGGUCUAGUCAGAGAGCAUGUGCCUACCAACUACCUCAACUCUGUCACAGUGUGGACUGCUCUGCUUGAGAACAUGCCCAUGACUGCUAUGAUCCGCAACCUUGGGAAGAUGACCUCCAUUGAUCUCCUAAAACCUCUCUCCUCUCACGCUGCAACGGUGUCUCAGAGACUCAGGGACGAAACACUGCUCAGGAAAGCCAGGGUUCAUCCGUUCAGCGUUUUACUCGCCCUCAAAACAUACGAAAACGGACAAGGAGAAAAGGGCAAACUAAAGUGGCAACCAAACCAAACUAUUGUACAAGCUCUGGACGAUGCGUUCUACAUGUCCUUCAAGUUUGUUCAGCCGACUGGUAAGAGGUUCCUCCUGGCCCUGGAUGUGAGUGGUUCAAUGUGUGCCCGGAUGAUGGGAUCCCCUGCGCUCGACUGUCGAAGCGCCAGUGCUGCCAUGGCGAUGGUCACCGCUCGUACAGAGGCCAACUAUCACUUGAUGGGCUUCUCUCACACUCUCGUACCCAUACCUAAGAUUAAUGCAGGAAUGAAUCUCAAGGAUGUGUGCAGCGAGAUCAAUAAGGUGCAAAUGGGCGGUACAGACUGUGCUCUCCCCAUGAUCUACGCCCAGCAGAAAAAGCUUCAAGUGGACGUGUUCAUAGUCUACACAGACAGUGAAACCUGGUUCGGGAAAGUCCACCCAACAGUGGCCCUCAAGGAGUACCGCAGUGCCAUGGGUGUCAAUGCCAAGCUGAUUGUAUGUGGGAUGGCCUCCAAUGGCUUCACUAUCGCUGACCCUGAAGACUCUGGCAUGCUCGAUAUAGCAGGAUUCGACUCUGCUGCUCCGGAGAUUAUCAGGAGCUUUGCUGUCGGAGACAUCUAGGAACAAUGUACAUACGUUAAAGCUAGUGAAACUUCUAGGACAUUUCCAUGUGCAAUCUGAGUUAUUAUUUUUUUGAACCUCUAUAUAGAAUUAUAUUUUUUGAACACAGUUGGCAAAAUUUUUAUGAGAAAUGAACUGUCA